GAUGUGAUUUCAGAGAUAUCCAUGACCUUAAAAACACGUUUGGCCUUUAAGGAAAGUGCCAAGGAUCCAUUAAGUGUCGCUUUAGAGGCAGAAGGAUUACGCUGCUUCUUUACAAGUCGUUUCAGGAGCUAAAUCGGGCCGGUCUGACUUCACUUGACUUGAAAGCUCACUUGAUUUCCUAAGUGCCUCAUAGCCGGGCUCAGACAGACCUUGCUCAUGCGAACUUCUGAAGCUCGGCGAUGUAUUUAUGGCAUUCAAAUACCCCCAGGCAGCUCGCCUGCGGUUCGGACCGCUUUCUUCCCGGCUGCAUGAGGGCAUUUCGGGCUGGCAGCGCCGCUUUUCCCACGCCUGCAACCCCCCGGGGGGGUGCGAACUUUGUGGAGAUGAGCAAAUGGCAGAGGCGGAGAUGGGCAGAGCUGGCAAGGCCAGGAAGUUCCACGCAGCACCAGGCAGUGCUGCCAGCACUGAGCAGCACCCAGCACUGCAGGUAGGAAUGAGCAGCACCCAGCAAUGCAUGCAGCACCCAGCAGUGCAAGUAGGAAUGAGCAGCACCCAGCAAUGCAUGCAGCACCCAGCAGCACCCAGCAGUGCAGGUCGGAAUGAGCAGCACCCAGCAAUGCAUGCAGCACCCAGCAAUGCAUGCAGCACCCAGCAGCACCCAGCAGUGCAAACAGAACUGAGCAGCAUUCAGCAGUGCAGGUAGAAAUAAGAAGCAGCAGGCAGUGCAUGCAGCACCCAGCAGCACCUAGCAAUGCAGGCAGAACUGAGCUGUGCAAGCAGCACCAUAUAGUACCAUGGAGCACCCAGUACUGCAGGCAGCACCAAGCAACACCAAGCAGUGCAAGAAAUACUAAACAGAACCACACAGCACCCAGAAGUGCGUGCAGAACUGAGCAGCACCCAGCAGCUCAGACAGCAUCAAGCAGCACCAAACAGCACCCAGCAACCCCAGGCAGUGCCAAGCAGCACCCAGCAGCCCCAGCCAGCAUUUCCCUGCCUGCUGGCCCCACCGAACCACCCUGCAUCUCUCUGCUAGCAGAGGAGCGAUGGCAGGGAUCCUUUCCUGGGGAUCUUCUCUCUCGCCUUCUUCUUCUUCUUCUUUUUUUUUAAUCAAUUAAAGAAAAUAAUGCUUUCUGUUUGCCACCAGGCCCCGCCUGCCAUUGGCCAGGGGUGGCCACGUGACCAGGAAUUGGCUGCAAUUUCGCCCCAGUCUCGAGUUUAAUAGAGCAAGGUCCCCAUACGCCUGUAUUAUCAGCAAUAUAACAAUUAUAAAAAGCCCGAGAACCAUCAUCAUCACUGCCAUAAAAACUGAGGCCCUUCGAUUUCUUCCUCUCUUCCCCUCCUCCUUCCUCCCCCCCUCCCGCUUUUUAAACCCUGGGCCCUGGAAAAGCCAUGAAUUUUGAAUUUGAGAGGGAGAUCGGGUUUAUAAAUAGCCAGCCUUCGCUCGCAGAGUGCCUGACGUCUCUUCCCGCUGUCCUGGAGACAUUUCAAACUUCAUCAAUCAAGGACUCGACAUUAAUUCCUCCUCCUUUCGAGCAAACCGUCUUCAGCCUGAAUCCUUGUUCCAGCAGCCAGGCAAGACAGAGGAGCCAAAAAAGAGCAUCCCAUGGCCUGCUCCAGCCUCAACCUCCGGCACAGCCCGGCCCUUUGGCAGCGGAAUUCCCUUGGAUGAAGGAGAAGAAAUCGUCCAAGAAAACCACCCAGGCUCCAUCCUCAUCUUCCUCUUCUUUCCCCCCAUCAUCUUCCUCGGUGCCGAUCCCCGCCGCAGGAUCUCCUGCAGACACGCAGGGGUUGGCAGACAGCAGCGGCUCUAGGCGGCUCCGGACAGCUUACACCAACACACAGCUCCUGGAGCUGGAGAAGGAAUUCCACUUCAACAAAUACCUCUGCAGGCCCCGUCGGGUAGAAAUUGCGGCUUUGCUCGAUCUGACCGAACGACAAGUUAAAGUAUGGUUCCAGAACCGCAGGAUGAAGCAUAAGAGGCAAACACAAUACAAAGAUCCCCCCGACGGGGACAUCGCUUACCCAGGGCUGGAUGAGGGCAGCGAAGCCACGGAUGAGGCCGAGGAAAGCCCCUUAUUGGGGCCGUGCCCGGGGCCGUACCGGGGUGCGCAGCCCGAGCAGCCCCGCAGCCCUCGGGGCACCGAUCGGCCCGGACCCCCCCCCUCGGAUCUCAGCUUUCCCGAGAGCCAGGGCUCGCCUUGGUUGCCGGAACUCAGCAUCCUCUCGGCAGAAUCUUGCUUGCAGCUCUCCCCCUCUCUUCAGGAUUCUUUGGAGAGCCCCCUCCAUUUCUCGGAGGAAGAUCUGGACUUUUUUACCAGCGCACUUUGUACCAUAGAUCUGCAGCACUUCAAUUUCCAAUAGCGUCCCCGUUUGUCUCUCUGUCUCUUUUUUUUUUUGGUCCCUUUCUGCCCCACCCCGAGCCGCUUCAGCUCUUCAGACGGGAGGGGGUCACCCCCAAAACAAACCCAAAUCACCCCCCUUUCAAUCAGCAAUCGGACAUUCUAAAGCUCUUCACUUUGAGGGAUCCGAAUCGCAGCCGCACUAUUUAUUUUAGAAGGCUCGCAUAAAAGAGCUUUUUACAUUUAAAAUAUAAAUUAGGAGCUAAGUGAUAGGCUUUUUCCUUAUUUAUUUUAAAGGAAGCACCCAAUAGUUUCCAUGCGCAUCAGAGAUGACCGCCCUCGAGAGAAAACAAUUGCGAACCCUUCAAGCGACUUUCUCAGGAAUCAGAAUGAGACUUUUAGAUUUCUUAAGGAAAUAAUAACGAGAAGAACAGAGGAAUUUUCGUUCCUCCUUUUUAAGUUUUAGAUGUAGAUUAUUUAUUCAAAUCCUUUAAUAGCAAAUGGCAAAUUAUUUAUUGUACAUUAUUUUCAUAGAGGAAAUAAAUGCCUUUAUAAAAGCGA